ACACAUUUAAAUUUAUUUAUGGAUGUAUAGUCCAUAAGAUAAUGUAUGUGCACAAAAAUGACUGAACCGUGCUACUUUCAAAAGCAGAUCUGUUGUGUUUAAUUUUAGGAGCAGUAGUCAUGGCCAGAUGGAGAGAUGGAUUUUAUUAUCCUGGAAAAAUUAUCAGCAUGGAUGAAAUCACAAAAUACCAGAUUCUGUUUGAUGAUGGAGACAGUAUGCUAGUCAAGGUGAAGGACAUCUUACUGAUAGAGCAGCUUCCGAUUGGCCAGAGUGUGAUGGUGAUGUCACAAGAUGGCUACUUCGACUGUGGGCUUAUUGUUGAACAUGUGUAUCAAGCAGAUAAACUGAUGUACAAAGUAGAAUGUGAUAACGGCUCAAAUAAAAAAUGUUUAAGAAGUGAGAUCAUUCUCAGUGAAGAUCAGGCAUCGUGUUUAAUGAGCGAUGAAGAACUGCGAAUCACUGUCUCCACCCCAGGACAUGUGAUAAGAAAACCUGCAAUUGUCUCCCUUGACAAUUUAAUAGAAGGGCCUCGCAGAUCGGCCACAAAACCUAAAGUGCAAGACAAGACUGAUGAUGUGACACAUUCAACUGGUAAACGGAAGGGAUUGAAAAAGAUGAGGGAUUUAGAUGGAGCAGAAGACGAUGUCCCACGAUCGACGGAGAGACUGACUAGCAAAAGAGGAAGGUCCCUAAAGGCAGCCAGCACUCCGACACCUGACAGACGCAAACAGCUGACUGUUAGAGAGACAGGAAGAACUCCGAAGAAACCAGCAGAGAAAACACCCAGGAAGCGGAAACAUCCGCUUGAUUCACGGUCGUCCAGUCCACUGGGUGGGGCUGUGCAGUCGCCAGUGUCUGUACGCAGAUCCCCUCGAAAAGGAACAGUGGAAUCGUCUAACCCCCUGAUGAAGAUUUUCGCAGGGAUGGUUUUUCUUCUGAGUCACGCCGACAAGUCCCUGGUUCAGCGAGAACAAGAGAAGAAGUUGCUGGAGGACUCGUCGCUGGAAACAUCUGCAGAUGAGAACAUUACGGAUGAGGAACAGUUGUUUGGUUUUGACAAGGAGUACCUCAGGAUGGAGAUAGAACGACGAUCGGGGUUGGUCAUUGAUAAGUACAACAAGUUAAAGGCUGAUGGAGCGAUAGCAUGUUAUCUGAUAUCAGACACCUACCAGCGAACUAUCAAGUACAUCCAGUGUUUAGCGGCUGGUAUUCCCUGUGUAUCUCACCUGUGGGUCAGGGAAUCAUGUAAACAGGGUAAAGCACUUGAUAUCAAAGCCUACCUCCUACCUGCUGGAAUCAGUUUACAGAGAAGAAAGUUGAUGGAAUGGAGACAAGAUGCAAACUGCCUGGAGGACUAUAAAGUGAUGGUUGCAUCAACCAACACCAAGUUCAUUGAUGCCUGGGUGGAAACACUCACUAUCUGCAGGUGUCGACUCUUCAACAGGCUGCCAGGACCUGGGGCUGCAGAAGAGAUGAUGCUUGAUGUGGUUGUCACCGACAACACAUGUCCCACAAACAUUAAGAGACGAGCUGAGAAACUGGGAAUACCGGUCAUCUCCACGGAGUGGGUCAUACAGUGUCUCAUCAAUGGACACCAAGUGGGAUACGAUAUGCAUCCUCGAUACAGACAUGACUUCGUUGAAAAAUAAACUCAAGAAAAAUUACUACAAAAUACGUCCAAUGCAAAUGAAGGACGCAUUCAACAGGAACCAUCAUUACGUUCACUGAGAUACAAUUGUGCGAACUGCCAGUCAGUUAAUGGUUAUGGUGAACUGUUAAUUAGUAGGUUUCGCAAAUAUAAAACAUAGACUUGAGGUGGUGGACAUUUUGACCCAGUGAUGAGGUAGAAAUUUCAAUUACUGGGUUUCAGUUUUUGUUACAUAUGCAAGUAUUGGAGAAAGCAGUAUACAUCAUUUGUGAUAUUUAAGUAGAAAGAAAUCUCUUUUUAUAUCUUUGUAUUAGUGUAUCUAAUUAACAUGGAUGUUAUUUUAUGAAGAAAAAAACAGCAGCAUGAAAGCAAUUUUAUCUAAUGUUUUUUGGUGCUAAUAUCACCAGUAUAGAAAUCCCCAGUCAAGAAAUAAGUUCUAUAUACAGUAUGCAAAUUUUUACCAAGUGAUUUCUAUAUCAGUUUUAUCAAUAUACUUUUAAAAAGGACCUUUUUAUUUUAACAAAAGGUUUCAAUUUUAUUUAAUACUAAAAAUAUACUACACCUAUUUUUAAUUUUUUUUAAGAGUGAUCUUUGAAAAGUCCCAUAUAUUUUAAUGCCUAUUAUUUUUACAAAAAGGAUAGUUUUAUUAACUAAAGUCACAUAUUAAAGUAUUAUUUUACUAUAUAUGUAUGUAUGUAUAGUGUUUUCCCUAGCUUGUUUUAGCAUGGUGCGAAACCAUGCCUCAAUAGUCUAGUGCCAUCUUGCCUUAAUCAGCACCAUGAUGCCCUGAGAUUAAAGAAGCCUGUUUCAGUAAUUAGUUCUAAAAUUGCCUUUAUAAAACAGAAAAAAAGGUAUUAUUAAUUAAUAAAAUAUGCCUUUUAUAUCUUUUGCAUUUCAUUUAUUAAAACAAACACAUAAAUUACAUGUGUUUAUUUCAA